CCAAGACAAGACAGCGAGUGCACUUCACCACCACACGUCAGAUCACAAGGCAAAAUUGAACCGAGCAAGCGUCUUCAAAGUAGCCGCCGAGCAAACUCGUUUUCCAGCGAGGGAAUUAGGAUUCUCACAACCAAAACAGGCUUGAGCGACGCAGUAUAAAUAUUGUAACGACGCAGAAGGUAUGGAAGUUUUUUUUCCUCGUGAGAUCUUUAGCAAAGGAAAAAAAUAUGUGAGCGAAAAUAUAUUGAGGUCAUACACACAACCGCGAAUGUCAUUUUAAAUGUCACUUUAGACGUCAUUCAAUGGAACAAAUUGCGCGAUGAUAAAAAGAAGGACUUUAUGCAGACCUGGGCGUGAGUGGAUCAAACAACUUUAAGUGUUAGUUUUCAAAGCGACGUCAUCGCACGUGAACCAACUCACCCGUGUCAAGCUAAUAAACUCCGAGUGUGCGUGUCUGUGUUCUUGUCUUUCUAUAUUUGUGAGACCCCAUCCUUGCCUAUGCACAUUCUUCUUGCAUACCACGGCCUUCUUUCUCCUUUACUGUUCAUUUUAACAUAAAACAAACUACAUUUUGAGUAUUAAAACAACCACAUAACUUUGUCCACUGGUUUUAUAUUAGCGCAAAAUGAGAAACACCAUUUUCCACUCUAUUGCUGUGCGUGUGUGGUUGUUUUUCUAUUUUGUGUGAUACGGCCUUAACAUUUCACUGUAACGUGUUACAUUUUUUGGGUGGAGACAUUUUGAAUCCUCAACACAAUCAUAAAUAAUUGCGGCAAAAACAUAAAAUGCAUGGUGGGCAGAGUAGGCGACAUUUUAGUUACUUUAGAAUAAUAUGACUCAAGUAAAAAGUAACUUUUUUUUUUUUUUAAUCAGAGUAUGUUGCAUUAAUACAUGUGUGUUUGUAUCAAGUGCAAUGUGAACACACACAUGGAUAUACGAAGGCUCAAUCAUGCUGCCAGCUUGCAAAUCUCCAAAUAGCAACACACCCCAAGAGGACGAUGAAACCAUGAGCGCAGAACAGCGAGAAGCAAACGCCCCCAAACUAGACUCGGCCCCCCUUUACAACCACUCCGGCGCCUCCACCCGGCUUGGCCCGCCAAGUUCGGAGCAGGACAGGGAACGCAACCCAGAAGAGAAUUCCUUCUCCGGCCUGAGUUCCUGUUCCUUCCCGCCGGCUCCGUUUCCGAGUCUGGCGGACGGCAGCUGGCCGCAGCAGUCCAGUUUCUCCGGCGAUUGGUCGGGAUAUCCCAGCAGCGGACCCCCGUCCGGCUCGGACCCCACAGAACUCUGUAGCUGCUGCAGCCAGAGCUUCCGGUCCGGACAUAAGUUGAGCCUGGAGCAGCCGUGCUCGCUACGCUCCGAGCCGCCCAGUCGGCACCACACGCUUCCGCCGUACAUGUGCUCCCCGCCGGGAGCCGCCUGCUGCGCCCGUUGUCCCUCCGAUGCCCCGGCCGGGGGCCCCGUUAAGCUGCCGUGGCAUCAGAACAGAGCGGCUUACGCCCCGCAGCAACGUGACUGCAGACCCCCUUGGGAACGAUUCACCCCGACGGGCGGCCACAGCAUUCCACCUGCGGAGAAGCCGCUGACGCAGAGCAUGCCGUUGUCCCUGGAGCAGAGGAGGGUGUUCGUCACGUACGAGGCGGACGAUGACGCGCACGUCAACGAGAUCAUCAAUUUCGUCGCCCUGCUGCGACAUAACGGCUUCGAUACUCACAUUGACAUAUUCGAGCAACAAUUCCGCAGCAUCAGCAAGAUCGACUUCAUGGAGCGCUACCUCAGCGAGAAGGAAUACCUGAUUAUCAUCGUCAUCAGCCCCAAGUACCACGAGACCGUCACCGCCUCCCACGUCAGCCCCGACAACGACGAGAGGAUGUGCAACACUGUCUACAUCCACAAACAGCUUCAGAAUGAGUUCAUCCAGAACGGAAGCAAGAAUUUCCGAUUCAUUCCCAUUUUGUUCCCUGGGGCAAAAAAGCGUCACGUUCCCAACUGGCUGCUGAACACGCACGUGUACGGUUGGCCGCGCGACCGCGACGACAUCCUGCGACGGCUGAUGAGGGUUGAGAAAUACAACCCGCCACCCAUCGGAGAACUGCCCACCAUCGUGUCCAUCCCUAUAUAGAGCUUUUCUCAACACGCUGAGAAGAUGAAAAGACAUUUUUGUGACUUCAAGGGUAAAGGGCUCCUGGGAUUUUGGAUUGGACUUUUUUUUUUUUUUUUUUUUUACAUUGCCUUUGUAAUGUUAUAGGAAAGACAUGUUUAAUAAAACUUGUUAAAAAUA